AUGGAAAAAGAAAUAAUUGUUUGCCUUCUUUUUAACUCCAUAGUUACAGAGAAGAAGAGUUCCAGUCAGACUUCUAACCACAGAGAUUCUAGAUCGCCAUCAAAAAAAUUGAGUUCCAGUCAGACUUCUAACCACAGAGAGUCUAGAUCGCCAUCAAAAAAAUUGAAGUCUACAAAUACAUUGAAGUCCACAACAAGACCAUCUACCAGGCAAGAAUCACCACCAUUUCGUCAGAAGUCAAGAUCUCGAUCACCACUUAUCACACAGAGGUCCAGAUCAAGAUCAAGAUCCCCACCAUUAUCUCAGAGGUCAAGAUCUAGAUCUCCAUCAAACAAUCAGACAUGGAGAUCUAGAUCAAGAAGCUAUUCACCGCCGACAGAUAUUUUUUCAAAACUAAAAUCUAUUUAUUCCUAUUCGUCCAAGUCCACAACAAGAUCACCAACAACACAGAAUCCAUCACAAAGAAAACCGUCAAACACAACUCAAAAAUCCACAAGACCUUCAAUAGAGGAGAUAUUACAAGAAUUGAAAAAAAGAUCCUCACAUAGUCUCCAUACUCAGAAAUCAAAAUCUAGUGAAGAUAGGUCACAUUCAACAGGGAACAGUCAAGGGUCUAGAUCUUCCUCACCUCUUGAGGAUUAUCUACUGCCAAGCUCACAAUCUCAACCACAGAGAGUUUCUACCAACAACAACAGAGCAAGGUCUAGAUCACCACUAGAGGAUUGGCAGUCAUUCAGCAGCAACAUAAGCUCAAGGUCUCAUGUCAGGGAAAAUACUCCAACACCAGCUGCAAAAAAUAUACCAUCUGGCAGAAAGACGAGUAACAAUUCAGAGACAUUUCCAUUGUCUGAUGAACGUAAGUGUAAAUUUACAUCUGCAUUUCAAAAUGAUAUCACACAAAAUUUUGAAUCAAACACUAGGAAAUACCUUCAACAUGCCUUACUAUUUUGA